AUGGCGUCGUCCGGGCCGGCGCGGCCGCUGCUGCUGCUGCUCGUGGCGCUGGCGGGCGCGGGCCGGGCCGGGCUGCACCUCCGCGCCGGCCGCGGCUGCUUCCAGGCCCUGCGCGCCGACCGGCUGUCCGGGCUGGGGCGCAGGACGUACCCCCGGCCCCACGAGUACCUGUCGGCGGGGGACCUGCCCAAGAGCUGGGACUGGCGCGACGUGGCGGGGGUCAACUACGCCAGCGUCACCAGGAACCAGCACAUCCCCCAGUACUGCGGCUCCUGCUGGGCCCACGGCAGCACCAGCGCCCUGGCGGAUCGGAUCAACAUCAAGAGGAAGGCAGCGUGGCCGUCCACCCUGCUGUCCGUGCAGAACGUCAUCGACUGCGGCGACGCGGGCUCCUGCGAGGGCGGCAACGACCUGCUGGUGUGGGAGUACGCGCACAGGCACGGCAUCCCCGACGAGACGUGCAACAACUACCAGGCCAAGGACCAGGAGUGUGACAAGUUCAACCAGUGUGGCACCUGCACCGAGUUCAAAGAGUGCCACGCCAUCCAGAACUACACCCUGUGGAAAGUCGGCGACUACGGCUCCCUGUCCGGGAGGGAGAAGAUGAUGGCCGAGAUCUACGCCAACGGGCCUAUCAGCUGCGGGAUCAUGGCGACGGAGAAGAUGGACAAGUACUCGGGCGGCGUGUACGCGGAGUACGCGGAGAAGGCCUCCAUCAACCACGUGGUCUCCGUGGCCGGCUGGGGGGUCAGCAACGGCACCGAGUACUGGAUUGUGCGGAACUCGUGGGGUGAACCUUGGGGCGAGCGUGGCUGGAUGCGGAUAGUGACCAGCACCUACAAGGACGGCCGGGGCGACGACUACAACCUGGCCCUCGAGCAGUACUGCACCUUCGGGGACCCCAUCGUCUAAGCCGCUGCUGAAGAAGGGACUCCUGACCAGACCAGAGACACUGUUUCGGGCACCGCGUUGGGGCUGCUGGGGUCUGAGGGCCGGGGGUGGACAGUCCGGGCACAGGGGCGUCGUGACAGCACUGAGCACCUGAAGGGGCCAAGCUGCAGAACCGGCACCCCUGAGGGAGCUGGUGGGGGGCAGACUCAGCCCCUGGGGAGGAGGGGGCCUCAAGAGCGUGAUCUGUGUUUGCCGCAGUGGACGACCUGGUCUCCUGGCUGGUCCAUACCACGGUCCCGAGGCACUAGCGCAGUCCGGACCUGUCACCCGCUCCGUGUGCUCGUGAUCGGGGGGGAGAGGUGGCAAUUUCAAACACGCGAUGAAUAAAAUCACUCGACUCCUAAGGACUGAGCCGGAGCACGUUUUAUUUACACGGGACAGACCGACACCGGCUCUACACCUUCAACCCAGACGGGUUUUGUAAAA